UAACCAAUUUCUUCUCUCGUUCAUUCUACCGAAAGGUUUCCACUGUUUCGAUCUGCUCAUCACUGGUGUAGUGUUUUUCAGAAGUGUGUGCAUGUGUUAAUUUUCUAAAGCCAUUCAGACCAUCUCUGAAUUACCCCUCUUUUCAGGGGUAAAUGGUCUUUCCUCUGACUGUUUUAGGCUCUGAAAAUUAUGAUUCUGUUUAAAGAGCUGAUACACCUGAUAAUAUAUCAUUUCAAUUAAGAGCAACAAAGUGGUUGGAAGAUUUUUUUGGGAAGGGGGCAUCAUAUCAAAUGUAGAAAUAUAUUUAGAAUGUAGAUAAUUUCUUCUCACUUAUACUGAUUGAAGGAGGAAUUUGUCCUGGCUGAUUCCUUCUGGGGUUGUGAUUCCUGGGCCUCGUGUGCCUAUGUAGUAAAUGGGAUUAGGCCAGAUCAGUGGCACAUGAGCAGUAUAAGCCACUCACAGGCAGCAUCCUGUGUGCUAAAGCACUUGAGCCUUCAUUACUGUCUGGAGGGAUGACAAGUCACACAAGCAUUCACCAUCAGGGUAACGUAGCAGAUCAUGAUUCAAGCAUGACGUGGCCUUUCUAUCAUUUGAAGUUAUGAUCCUGUCUAGACAUGCUCAGCUGCUAGUUAUAGUAUCUGCAGCAAGAUCAGUUAGAUAACAUUUUUAAUGGAAUGUAGGUCUGAUGUUUUGGGGACUUUUAUUACAGUUUGAGUUGACCUGAAAUGUUCCCCUUAUCUUUGAUGUCAAGCUGCCCUCCAUUAGACUACAUUGUAUUAUAAGUGAUUUGAUUGAAAUGUUUUACUGGAUAGUGGAAUGGGAUUUUUGUUUAGGCUUGGUUGAAGUCCAGAUUAACCUUUGGUGCCCUUUAUACCCUUUCCAGUGUGCUGGUUAGUGUUAGUUACCAAACUUUGCAUCUUUUAUUUUACUAGGCAAGUCAGUUAAGAACAAAUUCUUAUUUUCAAUGACGGCCUUUCAAUGACGGCCUAGGAACAGGGGCAGAACCAUAGAUUUUUACCUUGUCAGCUCGGGGAUUCGAUCUUGCAACCUUUCGGUUACUAGUCCAAUACUCUAACCACUAGGCUACCUACCACAUCUGCACUGUUCUUCAAGUAAAUGUGUGCAUACAGUUGUAUGGUUUGUUUAACUUUGUAAUCAUUGGUUUUUGUUUGACAUGCAUUUUAAAGUGUGAAAACCCCAGUCUGUAUCACUCUGUUACAGUGGAAUUGCCCUCUUGCCAGUUGCCACCUUGGAGAAUCUUGCACAAAGAAAUGUGUUCUUUGGCUUACAUGGAAAUGUCUCUGGUUUUCACAAGGAAGUCGUUUUCGGUGAAGUCAUUUGGGUUUGCCCCGUUUUCAUGGGAAAAGACUGGGUGAUGCACAUACGCCAUGACAGUGAUCGAGGUUAGAAUGUAGACUUAUGUCAAAAGAGUUGCCAAGUGGCACCAGAAAUGUGGCAGUAGUAAGAAAGUAAAAGCCAAGUAUCAAAAUAAGACAGAAAAUGACUACUUAAAUGUUUUUAAAAUGUUAAGUAAGAUUUCAUGUAUGCUGUCUCUGUCAUCUAACCUAAUCUAACCUCACCUCUUUGGCUUCUUAACCACUCUGCUGAACUCUGCUCUGCGUCUUUGUAUUUCAGUCUCUUCAUUUACAACAUUCCUAGGGUAGACCGACUGAGCUAUUUAUUAACAACUUGUGUUGCUCAUUCGGAUUAUUCUACCUUAUAAAAGUUUCUGUCUUAACCAAGGCGCCAUCAAUUGGCAUAAAUACAUACAGGUACUCUUUCAGAUUUUUUAAAACACAGACCUAACAUUCUUCCAGUUCUGGGAAAUGAUUGCACACUGCAAGCAUCAAUUAUAGAUAAGAUAAAAGGUAGUGAAAUCUGAAGUGAUGUUGACCAGACAUUGGCCUAGAUGCUUGUGUACAGAUACAGUGGUCAGUGCAGUGCUCCAAUGAAACUCAGCUAUUUUGUGCAGCAAUAUUUACCGGUGGUAAGGUAUGUGUUAAAUACCAUAGCUGCUUCUUCUUUGACGCCCCAAUAAUAAAACUUCUGGGUUUGGUGUGUUGCAAUGUAUGAAUUGGCAUGAAAUGCAUACAAGAAGGCUUUUUGAAAAUAAAUAAAGUACUUUUGGCUAGUCUAUAAAUUAGAUGUUGUAUUAUGCUUGUGGCUACUGGCUAGCUCCUAGCUAUUGCUUCAAUAUGACUACUCUUGUUUAAGUUCUGGGUCUAUACGUGUUAGAAGUGAGUAGUUCACCUGUGUUCACCUUCUCCCAAUCCUGAUAUGUCCAAAUAGUCAGUGAAGAAAACCCGAACACUGGAACUACUGUUGCUCGUUAUCCUACGCAUUCCAUCCCACCGUGACAGAUUCUGUCCACAAGAGAUUACAAUAUGACUAACAUACUUCUCUUUCUCCAUGUAUUUUCUUCCCCUGUGCUCAACCAUUCUGGACCAAUCACCCUGCUAUAGAGCUAGCAUCACAGACCUCUUGUGUCAAGCCUUUCCAUUGAACCGUCUGGGUGCAUGUGCUGCUACCUGUCCAAUCUGUAAUUACCGCCACCUGCUUUGGCAACCUUUCCAUGACCUGAGAGCUGAGCCGUCUGAACUCUCCCUGAAGCAGACGCUUCUCCCUCAAGUCUCUUUUUCUCUCCACUUCUGCCUCACCUUCAACCAUGAGGUUCAAAGUAGACAUGCAUUACAUAGUGUUCUCGCCUGUGUACCUGUUGAUGUGGCUGUACACGCUCAUCACGUUUAUCCCAUGGUAUUUCCUCACUGAUGCUGGGAAGAAGAAAACCAUGGCAAAGAGAGAGAAAGCCAAGUCCACCACAGGCAAAGCAGAGGGCCCCUAUCGUUGUGUGGAGAACUUUGACAACCUGGCCCGGGAGGACUUUGAGGGAAAGGACACUCUAGACAAGCUGUUUGAGCAUGCAGUGCAGCGCUUCGGCAACACGGACUGCCUGGGCACCAGGGAGCUCCUAAAUGAGGAGAACGAGACGCAACCCAGCGGCAAAAUCUUUAAGAAGUUGAUCCUGGGGGAGUACAGGUGGCUGUCCUAUGACGAGGUGGACCAGAUCAUCAGUCAUCUAGGUAGUGGACUGGCAGCCCUGGGCCAGCAGCCCAAGAGUACCAUUGCCAUCUUCUGUGAGACACGAGCAGAGUGGAUGAUCACUGCACAGGCCUGCUUCAGACGCAACUUUCCAUUGGUCACUCUGUAUGCCACCCUGGGGGAGGAGGCAGUGGCCUAUGGCCUGAAUGAGUGUGGGGCCACUCACCUGAUCACCAGCACAGAGCUACUGGAGACUAAACUCAAGAGUAUUUUGCCAGAAAUGCAUAACCUGAAGCACGUUAUCUAUGUGGACAACAAGAGCAUCAGAAGGACGGGUUAUCCAGAGGGCAUUCAGAUCCACAGCAUGCAGGCAGUACAAGAGCUGGGAGCCAAACCUGACAACUUGAGUAUAGCUGUGCAGCGGCCUCAGCCCACAGACCUGGCUGUGGUCAUGUACACCAGCGGCUCCACAGGACAACCCAAAGGAGUCAUGAUCAUCCACAGCAAUCUUAUUGCUGGCAUGACGGGCCAGUGUGAGAGGAUCCCAGGCCUGGGGCCGAAGGAUACCUACAUUGGCUACCUGCCUCUAGCUCAUGUGCUGGAGAUGACUGCUGAGAUCUCAUGUAUGACGUAUGGCUGCAGGAUUGGCUACUCUUCCCCACAAACACUCUCUGACCAGUCAACAAAAAUCAAGAAAGGCAGUAAGGGAGACUGCUCUGUGUUGGGGCCUACUCUGAUGGCAGCUGUUCCGGAAAUAAUGGACCGCAUCUACAAGAAUGUGAUGAACAAGGUGCAGGAGAUGAGCUAUGUGCAGAGGACUCUGUUUAAACUGGGCUACAACUACAAACUGGAACAGAUCAAAAUGGGCUAUGAUGCCCCUCUCUGCAACUUGCUGCUGUUUAAGAAGGUGAAGGCUCAGCUGGGAGGGAACAUCAGGAUGAUGCUGUCAGGAGGGGCACCCUUGUCCUCCGCCACACAGCGAUUCAUGAACAUCUGCUUCUGCUGCCCUGUGGGACAGGGCUACGGCCUCACAGAGACCUGCGGAGCAGGUACCAUCACAGAGGUGGCAGACUACAGCACUGGGAGAGUAGGAGCCCCCCUCAUCUGCUGUGAGGUCAAACUACGAGACUGGGUUGAGGGUGGAUACACCAGUCAGGACCAGCCCCACCCGCGUGGAGAGAUCAUGAUUGGUGGGCCCAACGUUACCAUGGGUUACUAUAAGAGUGAGCACCUGAACAAUGACUUCUGGGUGGAUGAGCAGGGCCAGAGGUGGUUCUGUACCGGGGACGUGGGGGAGAUUCACCCUGAUGGCUGUCUGCAGAUAGUGGACCGUAAGAAGGACCUGGUCAAACUGCAGGCUGGAGAAUACGUGUCCUUGGGGAAAGUGGAGUCUGCUCUGAAAAACUGCCCCCUUAUUGAAAACAUUUGUGCAUAUGCAAACAGUGACCAGAACUAUGUGAUAAGCUUUGUGGUGCCGAACCAGAAGCAGCUGACAAUUCUGGCCAAUAAGAACGGCAUCAGUGUCGCCUGGGAGGAGAUCUGUAAUCACCCGGCCAUGGAGAAAGAGGUCUUGAAGGCCAUCAAAGAGGUGGCUACCUCAAUCAAACUGCAGCGUUUUGAGAUCCCAGUGAAAGUGCGUCUGAGCCCAGAGCCCUGGACCCCUGAGACUGGCCUGGUGACGGACGCAUUCAAACUGAAAAGGAAGGAGCUGAAGAACCACUUCCAGACUGAUAUCGAGAGAAUGUACGGAGGGAAGUAGAGCCACUAUCUGAUCUAACCUAAGAACGGUUUCCUGACAACUUUCACCAGUGAAAUGAGUUAGUGUGUGUCUGAAUGUGCGUGUAUGAUUGCGUGCGUGUGCAUAUGCUUCAACGCAUGUGUGAAACUCCACGGCGGGCUGAGUGUCUGCGGGAUUUCGCUCAUCCUUUGUACUUGAUUGAUGAAAUAAGGUCACUAAUUAGUAAGGAACGCACCUCACCUGGUUGUUUGUCUUAAAACCUGCAGACACUUUGCCCUCUAUGGAAUGAGUUUGACACCCUGCUUCACAGCAUUAUGUCUGAACUGUAGAAUUGUCUUUCCACGUUGUCUCUUUUGUCACAUUAUGAAUGUCAGUCCAUAAAGUUCAGCACAGAGGGAUCAGCUGGUUAGUUACGGCUAUUUGUGUUGGAGAUCGCACAGCGUUGUGUAAAACGCCAUUCGAAUGCAAGUCUUGUAUUUUCAUAUUGUAAUUUGCCUUUGGGAUUUAUGACAUGUCUGUAAAUAGUACUAUUUUUGUGUCUAAUUGAGGUAGGAGUCAUAAUGGCCUUUACUCAAUGAGAUUUGCUCAACUCCUGAGUCCUCUCUUCUCUGUCCCAGCUGGCCUCCUUUUGAGAAAGGUCAACAUAAUUGAUGAAAACAUUUUUGCUGCCCCCUAGUGAGCAAGCCCCCACAGUGCUGCUGUAUAAAUUGUUUGCUUGUUCUGUACAUAGGAUCACAUUACUGCCACACAACUGCCGAGCCCCCACAAUCCUUUAGGCUAUUGCACAUAGAUCAAACCUGAGUGUAACUUUGGCCAUUUCUGUCACCUGUGCUUGUGUAAUUUAUGUUUUCAUGUUUUGAACCUGCUCAUGACAUUGCUAUAGUGACUCAACCCAAGUAUGUCACGUUAUGUUUUGGAUUUUUCAGAUACUAGGUAAAUGGUUAAUGUCAUACUUGCUAUGUUACAGCAUGGAUUAUCAUUUUUAUUUGAGCAAAAAUGAAGAUAGUCCUUUAGCCUUCUUUUUCAUGCUGAUCUCUUCCUAUAACUCUGUAUUACUGUACAAUAUUUAUAGUCUUCGAUGUUUCAAGUCAUCUUUAUAAUGUACUGUAAUAGUUCUACAUUUCUGACCUAUGGAUAUGCCAACUUAAUAGCCUAUACUCUUAAAUAAUUUGACAUUUUGUGACAAAGUUUAUCGAGAUAUGAAAUACUCAAUAUAAUUCAAAGCAAUUUUUUAAUUAUAUGAUGUUGAAAAUCCAAUUGAGUUGCAUGUGUAAAGAACUUCUAUUUAAAAUAUUUUGUAUGUAUAUGAAGGUCAAGUUAAACGUUGAACCAUUUUACAUUUUUUGGAUGAAUUUGUACUGUUGGACUGUUUAAAGGUCACAAUUGUGCUUCUUGAAACUUUGUGUGGAACCUUGAUGAAAAUGCUGUGUAUCAGCAAGUUUGCGUUUUCAUUCAGAAGCUGUUUAAUGUGGCAUAUAAUGCAGUAGAAGAGAAUUGAUGGGGUUGUGACAACUGAAACGUGAAAAUCAAUGCCAAAAAUAAUAUUCCAGGAUGCAUUGCAUUCAUAACAUAUAUAAUACAAUUUAACGAUUUUGCAAAUAUCCCCAAUUGCCAACACAUUGGGGUGAAACAUACACUGUUCAAAUUAGCCAUAAUACCACUCUAAUCCAUCGAGUCCUAUCACAGAUAUGUUCCAAUAGGAGUAAGAAAGGUCAAAAAAAUGUUUUGUGAAGGUUUUAUUAUUCUUAUACUCAGGGUUACAUCCACCAAGAAUGCAACUGCGGUAGUAUUUAUUUUGAGACUCAUCUUAUGUUAAUUGUGAAGCACUUAGGUUGUGUUUACAAUGGCAGCCCAAUUCUGAUAUUUUUUCCACUAAUUGGUAUUUUGACCAAUCACAUCAGAGCUUUUUCAGAGCUGAUUGGAUUAAUCAAAAUCCCAAUUAGUUCAAACAAGUUCAGAAUUGGGCUGCCUCUGUAAAUGCAGCCUUCUCUCUCCAUUUAUAUUGAUGUGAUGUUUUGUUAAUUUGUAUUAUUUAUUCAAAUCUGUUAAUAUGUGAAUGAAACAAUGUGUGAUAGGGAUGGGCAGUGUGUACCUUCUGGUUAUGUCAUUUGAAAGUACAUAUUCUUUUUAUAUGAACAUAUUAAAGCUUUCUGCCCACUGUAAAA